AUUCUUUAUCAUCAAGGAAAGUUUUCUGCUUUACUAUGCUGAGAGUGAAAAGAAGAACUUUGAAAAUAAUCGGUACUUCAAUAUUCAUCCAAAGGGUGUCAUACCUCUUGGUGGAUGCAUCGUAGAAGCCAAAGAAGAAUCCAAUAUGCCUUAUGCAAUGAAAAUCUCUCAUGAGGACUUCCAUAUAAACUGAUGGAAGAAACAGAGGAGCUAUGCCUGCAGAGGGAACAGAGAGAGGCCUUGGAGCAUCUCAAUCAAGUACUGGAGGCAGAAAAUAAGCAGUUUGAAGAAGUAGUACAAGAUCUUCGAGGGGAACAGGAGCAGAUUAAACGAGAGCUGGAAAUGACUGCCCAGUCCCUCAAAGGAGUAGAAGAAGAAAAGAAAGGACUACAAACUCUGACAGAAGCAUUACAGAAGACAUUGGAAGAACUUUCUCUGGAAAAACAAAGCAUGCUGGAGAGGCUGGAAGAAGAUGGAAGUCGUUUGCAGUCCCAGAAGAGUCCUUCGGGGCAAACUAGCACCCCUGGGGACUUGAAGAAUAGCCUCCAUCAGAUUGAGGAGAAAAUGCACCAGCUGCUGAAUGAGAAACUCUUAGCAGAGAAAAGAAUGAAGGAGAAUGAAGAACGCUCCCGAGCUCUGGAAGAAGAGAGGGAGUUCUAUUCCUCCCAGUCACAGGCCCUACAGAAUUCCCUCUCUGAGCUGACAGCCGAGAAGCAGAAGACAGAGAGAGACCUCAAGGCAGAAGUGAAGGUGCGUAUGGACCUGGAGAAACGCUUGCAGGAGGCUGAAGAGGCCCUGCAGAGCCUUGAACAAGGCUUAAACUGCAAGCAUCGCAACAAAGAGAAGGAGGAAAAAAUGAAAGCUGACGUCAGCAACCUGAAAAAAUUCUUUGAAGAAUGUAUCCGGAAUGCUGAAUUAGAAGCCAAGAUGCCAGUAAUUAUGAAAAAUUCUGUGUACCUUCACAAGGCUGCCACUCGCAGGAUAAAAAGCUGCCGAUUUCGUCGUAGGAGAUGCAGCAAUUCAUGGAAUAGUUUGCGGCAAUCACAAUCAUUCAUGUACUCAGAAGCAGAAAACAUAGAAGAGCUGAAGCAAGCUGCCAAGAAGCUAAGCCAGGACCAUCAUUUCCGGGAAACCAUCUAUCAAAUCAUGGAGUCGCAUCAGGAUUCUUCCUUGGUCAACAAAAAGUGAACCACCCCCACUCUAUUGUCAGGGGAGAUCUAGACUCAGCUUGUCAUUUCAUUCAGCAAAAGCCAAAUUGAUUUGUCUAGAUGCAGAAGUAUGAUAGCAGUGGAAUUUCAUGAGGAAGUAAAUGGAACAGUUUUCAUUGUAGAGCUUCGUGAUCAGACCAUUAUUCUCAAUCAGAAUGUUCCAUGUAGCUUGCUGUAACUCCUUGGCUGUCGAUUCCUGUCAUAUUAACUGACUCUGCUUUCCUCUCAACUUCCUUUAUCAAGAUCCAUGGUUUUACAAAAUGCCCAGCCAGUCCUUUAAUACCUGGGAGAAAACAUACAGUAUAUGAAACAAGUACAUCAGGUGAUGAGCCUAAGAAGUAAAUCAUCUGUAAAGGGAAAGAUACUACAGAUUUCUCAUUGGAGGUCAAUGAUGGUUAAAAUUAACUUUGCUCUACAACCUUUCCUGCCACAGUUGUCAAGUGGAACUGGAACUGGGCCUGGCUAGUCUAGUGAAGAGAAGGACC